AUGGUGAAGAAGGCAAUCGACUCUCGAAUACCGGCCCUGAUCCGGAACGGCGCUCAAGAGAAGAAGCGAAGUUUCUUCGUCGUAGUCGGCGACCGGCAAAAAGAUGUCAUAGUCAACCUUUACCACAUCCUGCUCAAUGUUGACAUCAAGCUGAAUAAAUCGGUGCUCUGGGCGUACAAGAACAAGCUCUUAGGCUUCACGAGCCAUCGCAGAAAACGGGAGAAGAAAAUAAAGCAGGAGAUUAAACGAGGGAUCCGCGAUGCCGACACCGAGGACCCGUUCGAGCUGUUCGUGUCGACGCAGAAUAUCCGCUAUGUAUACUACAAGGAGACCGAGAAGAUUCUAGGGAAUACCUAUGGCAUGUGCAUAUUGCAGGACUUUGAGGCCAUCACGCCAAAUCUGCUCGCGAGAACAAUAGAAACGGUCGAGGGUGGGGGGCUCGUGUUGCUGCUGCUGAAGGGCAUGAACAGCUUGAAGCAGCUGUAUACCAUGUCCAUGGACAUUCACUCGAGGUAUCGCACAGAGGCGCAUGGGGACGUUGUUGCACGGUUUAAUGAAAGAUUUAUCCUGUCCUUGGGGAGCUGCGAGUCGUGUCUGGUAGUCGACGACGAGUUGAAUGUUCUGCCUAUUUCCGGCGGGAGAUCCGUUCAGCAGCUACCGCCACCAGACCCAGAGAACGAAGGCAAGAGCCCUCAAGCGAGAGAAUUGCAAGAGAUCAAGGAUAGUUUGGCCGACACCCAGCCUGUGGGCUCCCUUGUCACUCUUGCGAAGACCGUAGAUCAAGCCAAAGCGCUGCUCACAUUUGUCGACGCCAUUUCGGAGAAGACUCUCUCGAGCACGGUCACGCUCACGGCAGCUCGUGGACGUGGCAAAUCUGCGGCAUUGGGCGUGGCAGUAGCAGCGGCAAUCGCUCACGGAUACAGUAAUAUUUUCAUUACGUCGCCAAGCCCGGAGAAUCUAAAGACGUUGUUCGAGUUUGUUUUCAAGGGAUUCGAUGCGCUCAACUACCUCGAUCAUGUAGACUACUCUAUCAUACAAUCAACAAACCCGGAUUUCAAUAAGGCUAUCGUAAGGGUCAAUGUGCACCGUCAGCAUCGUCAAACAAUCCAGUACAUCCAGCCGCAGGAUGCCUACACGCUAGGUCAGGCAGAACUCCUCGUCAUUGAUGAGGCGGCCGCUAUCCCGUUGCCCUUAGUAAGGAAACUGAUGGGCCCCUACCUCGUCUUCAUGGCGUCGACCAUCAACGGGUACGAAGGCACCGGACGCUCUCUGUCGCUGAAGCUGAUCCAGCAGCUGCGGGAGCAGUCUCGCGGCGGAUCCAAAAAGCCCAAUGGCGCAGAUACGGACGUUGUGGAUCGAGCGUCUGGGAAACCGUCAAAGGACGCCGGAGAGGUAUCUUUAAGCGGCCGGUCGCUUAGAGAGAUUACGCUUUCGGAGCCCAUACGGUACGCGCCUGGCGAUGCCGUGGAGAAGUGGCUCAACAGGCUACUUUGCCUCGAUGCCACUCUGCCGCGAUCGAAACUCACCACUGGAGGAUGUCCCGACCCCAAAUCAUGCCAACUGCUCCACGUCAACCGUGAUACCCUCUUCUCCUUCCAUCCUAUCUCUGAGAAGUUCUUGCAGCAGAUGAUGGCUCUGUACGUCGCCAGCCACUACAAGAACUCGCCGAACGAUCUUCAGCUCAUGUCCGACGCUCCAGCGCAUCAGCUGUUUGUGCUGGUGCCCCCAGUCGACGAGAGCAGCAAUCGGUUACCGGAACCUCUCUGUGUUAUCCAGGUGGCACUGGAGGGUCAAAUCAGCAGGGAAAGCGUGCUGAAUAGCCUUAGCAGGGGGCAGCGGGCUGGCGGCGACUUGAUCCCCUGGCUGGUCAGCCAGCAGUUUCAAGACCCCGAAUUCGCCAGUCUCUCGGGCGCCCGUAUCGUCCGAAUCGCGACCAACCCCGACUACGUCGGCAUGGGCUACGGGUCGCGAGCCCUCGAGCUCCUCACAGACUUCUACUCACACAAAUUCACCAGCCUCUCCGAGACCGAGCCCACCGAAUCCGAAGAGAUGGUCCGCGUCACAGACGUCGACCUGGAGAGCUCGACCCUCCUCCUCGACAACGUCAAAGUCCGCGACAUCGCCGCCAUGCCGCCCCUCUUCGCGCGCCUGACCGAGCGCAGACCACCCCAGCUCGACUACCUGGGCGUCAGCUACGGCCUGACGCCGCCGCUGCACAAGUUCUGGAAACGCGCUCACUACGUACCUGUCUACCUCCGCCAAACGGCCAACGAGCUGACGGGCGAGCACACCUGCGUCAUGCUGCGCGCGCUCGAGAGCGCCGAAGCGAGCGAUGCCAGCUGGCUCGGCGCGUUCGCCAAGGACUUCCAUCGCCGGUUCCUCUCGCUGCUGAGCUACCAGUUCCGCGCCUUUCCGUCCGUCACGGGCCUCAGUAUUGAUGAGUCGGCGACGGUGGGUGAGGCGCUGGAUACCGCGUCCUCUGCCCGACCGCGGCUGCUGGCGAAACAGGAUCUGGAUCAGAUGUUCUCGCCCUUUGACCUCAAGCGCCUCGACUCGUACGCUAACAACAUGCUCGACUACCACGUCAUCCUCGAUAUGCUGCCGGCUAUCGCGGCGCUCUUCUUCACCGGCCGCUUCGGGGCGGCGGUUAGUCUGAGCGGCGUGCAGAGGGCGCUGUUGCUCGCGAUUGGGCUUCAGCGGAAGGGGCUUGAGGAUGUGGAGAGGGAGUUGGGGCUUGGGGCCAGCCAAUUGCUGGCGAUGUUCGUCAAGAUUAUCCGGAAGGUUGCUACGUUCUUUAGGCAGUUGGUGGAGGGGGCCGUGGCGGAGGGGAUGCCGGACGCGCCUGAGGCGGAAGGAGCGGAUGAAGGUGGUGUUGCUGAUGGGGCGGAGGGCAGGGUCAAGAUCCAGCGGUUCAGGCCGCUGGAGCAGGGCUUGAUGGAGGAGUUGGAGGAGGGCGGGGAUGAGGUUAAGAGGCAGAUGAGGGAGGAGGCGAGGAGGUUGGUCGAUGCGCUGCCGCUUGAUAGGUGA